AUGGCGGCCCAGUGUCUCCCCAAGUAUACGAAAGCUCUAACCCUUCGCCAAUCAUCAGUUGAGCGGAAACCCACCUACCACGAUGUAGUCUUGGAAUCUAGAUCACUCCCACCAUUGAAAACAGGGGAAUUGCUUGUUAGAAUCAAUGCUGCUGCUUUCAACCACAAGGAUGUAUGGAUACGGAUGGGCCAGUAUCCUGGAAUUGUUAUGGGGAGCGUUCUCGGUGGGGAUGGUGCAGGUGUUGUCAUCGCCUCUGGAAACACAGGAGACCCAUUGCUAGAUAAACGCGUGUUUCUCACCCCUAGUCGAGGUUGGGAGAAAGCCCCAGACGCCCCCGAGUCGAGAUUUGGUAUCCUCGGUGGCGGCUCUUUUCCGCCCCUUGGAACUUUUACACAAUAUGUGGUGGUCGAACGAGAUCAAGUGAUAUUGUCCCCUGACCACCUAGACGAUGUUCAUGCUGCAGCGUGGCCUAUUGGUGGUGUUACAGCUUGGAGGUAAGCCGUUUCCGUAAAUGCGAACGUUCAACAAGGUCAGAACGUGCUCAUAACAGGCAUAGGCGGUGGCGUAGCUCUCAUCGCGUUGCAGCUAUGCAUUGCAAAGGGUGCUUCCGUCUAUGUGACGAGCGGCAACCCGGAAAAGAUCCAGAAAGCUAUAGCACUUGGAGCCAAGGGAGGUGCGAACUACAAAGACAAGGACUGGCCUGCUGAAAUCGGGGCUUUAGUCCAAUCCCAUAACCAGAAGGGCACCAUGUUGGAUGCCGUUAUCGACUCUGGCGGAGGUGAUAUUCUAGGCCAGAUAAGCAACUACUUGAAGCAAGGCGGGAAAGUGGUUUGCUAUGGCAUGACCGCAAGCCCAAAGAUCACAUUCACGAUGCGCGAAGUGUUGAGGAAUCAACAGCUGCUAGGCUCUACGAUGGGUUCCCACAAAGACUUGGAAGACGCCACUAGGUUCAUUGAGAAGCACCACAUCGUGCCUAUCGUUACGCACGUCCUCCACGGGUUGGAAUCGGCAGAAGAGGGGUUUGAGAUGGUGAAGCGCGGAGACCACUUUGGUAAAGUUGUCAUCAAGAUGGUGCAUACCGACAAGUUGCCGAAACUGUAA